AUGAACAAAUCCAGUGGUGAGGGUGUAGAAGGAUUUGCAGAUGAGGGGUAUAGAGUUGUCAUGGAUAAUGAUCCUCAAGGAGUCAAUGAAUUUUCAACUAACAUCAACAUAUAUGAUGAGUUAAUGAGAAACUUUCAACCUUUUGAAGGGUUUGAAAAUCAAAAUAGCAUCCUAUUUAAUGGGUUUGAAGGCCAAGAUAAUAUUCCUUUCAAUGAUGAGUGGAGACAAAAGGAGCCUGAUGACAGUGAGUUUGAGAAUCAAAAUAGUGAAGAUGAAGAUAAUGACUUUCUAAUUGAUGAGGACAACAUAAUUGAAGAAGUUGAAGUUGACAUGGAGGAUUUCAAUCUAAAUAUUGAUACAAAAGCAGAGUUCAAUGGAUGUCAAAGUUUGGGUGGUCAAAGAAAUGAAGAUAGUGAUGAAGAAGAGGAUGUGGAGAAAUAUAAAGCCAAGAAAGAAUUGAAAGAUAAAGUCGACCUGCAUGCUUUAGAGACAAGGAGGAAUAUCUCAUUCAUAAAAAAUGACAAGAGUAGAUUAAUAACUGUUUGUGAUGGAACUGUAGUUGUAAAUGCAAGUGGGGUAGGUGGACCUACCUCUAGGAAAAAGGUAAAGGGUAAAGAUGUAAACUCAGAUAAAGUUAAAUAUACAUGGAAACUUCAUGCAUCUAGGUCAAGUGAACAAGACUAUUGGUUUAUUAAGACCUAUAAUCAGAAACACAUUAGCCUCCAAACACGAAAAAUCAGAUAUUGCACAACAACAUUUCUUUCCAAACGUACUAUGGAUCAGAUUGAAGCUAAUCAUGGACUGCCUGUUCGUGCCCUACAAGAGCAACUCCAAUCAACAUAUGGAAUUAGUAUUUUAGAAGAGAAAUCAUUUAGGGCAAAAGCAUUAGCCACCAAAAAUGUUGCAGGGGAUUACGUAAAGCAAUAUGCAGCUUUGAGAGAGUAUGUACUAGAGCUACAAAAGACAAAUGAAGGUACAACUAUAAAGAUUGAUGUGGUUUCUGAACAUGUGGUUUCAUCCCCAACCAGGCAAUUCAAAAGGAUAUAUGUGUGUUUAGGUCCUUUAAAGAAAGGAUUUAAGGCACAUUUGAGGGAAUUUUUAGGCUUAGAUGGAGCCUUCAUGAAGGGACCUUUCCCAGGUCAAAUACUAAAUGCAGUUGGUGUUGAUUCCAACAAUGGAACCUACCCAUUGGCAUAUGCUGUUGUUGAAAGUGAAAACACUUCAAGUUGGAAAUGGUUUCUUCAGUGUCAUGCAUAA